GCGAGUAGCUAUAAUUGCCCAGGUUCGCUUGAAGAUUUUUAAUCGACUUGAAAAUGUCGCUGAGAUCGUUCAGUCUCGUCUUCGCAGUCGUGAUCGCGUAUUUAUUUGUUUUCGUUGCCAGUGAACAACAAUUGAAACUUCCUGCUGAAGUAAAGACAUGCAAAAGAGAUGCAGAUGAUUUCGCAUCCUGUUUGAGAUUGGCUUGUCAAGAAUCAUGGCCAUUAUUUGUUAAAGGUAUUCCCGAGUUUGAUAUGCCUCCUUUAGAUCCUUUCUACGACGAGUAUAGUUUAUUUGAAUUUGGAAGUAAUGAACUUCAUGGGAAAAUAAGUACUAAGGAUAUUUAUUAUUAUGGUUUCAAGAAUAUGAAAUUUUUGGCCGUAAGACCUGAAUACACUGGUGAUAGAUUUAAAUUAGAAGUCGACUUAUCUAUGCCUAAAGGUCUUGCUGAAGGACAUUUUAAUAUUGAUGCUAAUUUGGUCAAUUUCAAACUCAAUGGAGAAGGUCAAUUUAAUGUUAGUGCAGAAGACAUAAAAGUAACCUGGUUUAUAUCUGGUCCGGUCAAAAAUGAUAGAUGGAUAAUUGAAGAAUAUCGUCCAAGACCUCAAAUACGUAAAUUAAAAGUAUGGGCUGAUAAUUUCUUCAAUGGCAACCCUGAACUAUCCAAAGUUUUAUUGAAUUUUAUAAAUGAAUUUUGGCCAACUAUAUACCGUGGAAUGCUUCCAUUCGUAGAAGAUGUAUGGAACAAAAAAUACUCUCCUAUAUUAAAUCAUUUCUUUUCUAAACUUUCCUUCAACGAAGUCUUUCCUACUUCAUAAAAAAAACUUUGUUUCUAUUACUACUUCUUACGUUUUUUUUUUUAUAAUGAUAAUCAUACAAAUAAUAAAAAUUAAUGUAUUCGCGAACGUAAGAACGUAAAAGUUGGUGGUAGAAAUAAACACAUUAUUUUUUAAGAAUUUCAUGCAUACUCGUACGAAGGUAAUGAAAUUACUAUUGUUUGUGUGUGUCGUUAGUUUUUUCUUUUGAAUACAUAAAAAUAAUGAUAGGAGAAAGUAUCU